CUGCUUUCAGCACCGCCUAAAUUCCAUCGUACUGGCGAAUCUGUGUAUGAAGUAGUGGAGCACGAAUCGGUUACUUUGGAUUGUGCAGUAGCCACUGAACCGAAACCUGAAAUCAUUUGGUACCGAGGCGAACAACCACUUUAUCUUGCUGGAAAUAUGGCACUUUCCCCUGAUGCAAUGGUUAAUUUUUCACUUUAUUCAUUUUAUACAAAAAUUGAAAGAAAUUAUACUUGGAAACCAGUUCUCGUUUGGGGGCCAGUUCUCGUAAUAGCUGAAAAAAGGUCUUUCGGCCUGCUUAUAUCACUUUCUGACGGAGGAAAGUAUACCUGUAAAGCCAGUAAUGAAGCUGGAUCUUCGGACAUAGAUUUGAUUUUGAAGGUGCUUGUCCCACCAAAAAUUGACAAAUCGAACAUUAUCGGCAAUCCAUUGGCAAUUGUGGAGAGAAAUAUUUACCUAGAAUGUCCUGUAUCUGGCAUUCCCCAACCAACUGUAUCAUGGACAAAAGAUGGACGUCCUGUUGACGUUAGGGAUAAGAGAAUUGUUUUUGCUCAAAACAAUCAAACAUUCGGAAUCGAAGGCGUACGAACAGCUGAUCAAGCGCGAUAUACAUGCAUCGCUUCGAACAAAGGCGGAACAGUCGAACAAGAUUUCAAUCUAGAAGUGCUAACCCCACCUGCUCUUGAAUCCACUGAGACGCAAACACAUACGAAACGCGAGGGUGACCCGUUGUCGAUCACUUGCCCAAUAAGAUCUGCGGUUGAUGUGACAUCGGCAGUAUCGGAUGUCAGCUGGAUUAAGGAUGGACGACCGAUUGAACGAGAAAACAACGCUGGCGUUAAGGUUUACAUUUAUUAUUUCUAGAU